AUGAAUUUUCGAAUAACGACAGCACAACCCCUAAAUGCAUCAACCAUAAAUCAACAACAACAAGAGAAAAACUCGGUAGCCAGAUUUCGAUCAAAAAUAAAAGAAACAAUUGGUUUAAACAAAAUAACGUCACAACCAGAUGAUACGUAUACAAAACCAGAGCGAUACGACGACUUACAACCUGAAAGUCAGGAAAUGAUUUUACGUGCAUUUGAAGUAUUUCAUCAACAAAAUAUUGAAAGUGCUAUGACAGCCAUUGAUGAAAGUCGAAAUUUAUUAAGAGAAACAAUGGAAGAAUUUACCCAAGAACAAGAAGACUAUCGACGACAAUUAGAAGAUAUAGGAAAAAACAGACAUAUUAACAAACGACGAAGAGAGAAUGCAAUACCGCUGGCGAUUUACAUGAAACAAAAGCGAGAUGUAUUGGAUACUGGGCGACCUAAUUCAGGACUGGAUUCAACGUAUCAAGGUACAUGGAGAAAGAAAUAUACAUUUAAAACUAUUAUAAAAAAAAAUUUUCUAGCCUAUUUCGAAGCAUUAUUAGCCGAUGAGUCAACUCAUCAACAUCCAUCAGAUAAAGCGGCUGUUGUCAAAUAUAUUCGUCGACGUGAACGACGUAAACGAGCAGAAGAAAAUCGAAAACAAAAUGAAUUAACGGAUGCGAUACUGGAAAAGCAAACGCAAAAAAUAAUUAACAAUAUGGAAGGUAUGGAUGUUAAAUUAGAGAAUGAACGUCAACGUCAAAAUGAAUUACUGAAACAAAGAAUGGAAGAGAAAAAAGCAAAACAUGAUAUAACGACAAAAGCAAAUGAUAUUAUGGAAAUGGCACAUGAAGGAGAACUAGCUCGUCAACGUCUCGAACAGAGCCAACGUGAGAAAAUUGAUGCUCGUUUGUCGGCUGCACGUUUACAACGUAUGCCAACAAAUUUAAUUCAUGUUCAUGGACAAGAUGAAGAUACUGUUGACAAUGAUUUAGCAAUAGCAACCAAAAAUUCCAUUCAAUUACUAAGUGAUAGCAACAGUAAUGAACGACAAUUUCGAACACAUACAUCAGUCUACGGUGACGGAGACACCGAAGAAAAAACAAUCGCUAAUAUUCACAUAUAG